AAAUGGAAAGAGAGAAUGAUUUGCUGUUUAGUUUGUCUUUGAUUAUUAUCUUGAAUUUAUUUCAACAUAAAAUUGCAGUCUCUACAUUUAAAAUGCGAUACUCCAAAAGGUGUCCAUUUAACGAGACAGAGUGGAAAGAAAGAUCGGCAGAAUUCUUCUGCCAGGGGAACGAGGUAUAUCAUUGCUUACUGGUUGAAGACAAAGUUUCUGUGAAGGAAAGGUGUACAGAUGUUACCAUGAUAGUACCGGGUUAUUGUCCGAUAUUCACAGACUUUGGAUAUUUACACUGGAACUUAUGUAAUGUAACGGGAUGUCCUAAUACGUCUUAUAGAAGUGAUAAAGUUUACAAAUAUCGCGCAUGUUUUGGUGACACAGACAGGGUGGUGACUUUUGAUACUGGAUCUAGGUAAGUUUGAAGUUGACCGUCGUUGGGCCUUGAAAUCGGAAUAACAACUGGUGUUAUAGUAGUUGUUAUGAUUGUUAUCAUGAUUAUAGUCUAUCGUUAUCGUAGACUACAGAGUGAUGAAACUGACGACAUAGUUAAUGGCAUCAACGUUCUCCGUUCUCAAAACAUUCUUUACGUCAUUGGAAAACUCGGGAAUUCUGUUUCUACAGUUGGAAUUAGAAUAGCGCUGAAUUUUGCUAAGAAACAUAACAUGUUUCAUAAAAAUAAAAAGUACUUGGAAUUUUCUGAAAGUUAUGAAUUUUAUGAUAACACUGUCUAUUUCAUUGACGGUUGGUUUGGAUUAUGGAAUGAGAAUCCUUGUGAAAAAGACCUCGUGUUGGAGAAUUUUCGUUUGAUUAUUGAAAGAGCUAAGGAUAAAGAGAGAAAUAUAAAGUUCGUUAUCGGCCUCCGCACUGAUGAUUUUGAAGCAUAUAAAAAGGAUUUAGAGGGUAUUGGCAUUUCUUUCCCCGAAAGACAAACAAUAUUGCGUGAUUCUAGUUCAAAGCAUAAAGACACUCGAGUGAAAAGACAUUUAAAGGACGUAACGCGUAAAUGCACGACUGACGGAUGCCGUUGUAAAUCGUUACGUUUAGAAGACAUAAAGUCUAUUGACAUAAUUGGAGGCCACCUGAUAAUUGACCUUUUGGAUCUGGAUCACACUAUGGCACCUGGUUUGGUAGAUGUGAGCAUAGGUCCCCUUCAGACAAUGAUCGAACAUUUCAGAGCACUGGGAAACAAAGACAAAAAUCUUUUUGAAUGCCUUCUUUAUAUUGUUUUGAUUGGAUCCUAUAAUGAAAAUGAGUUUAGAUCUGCUGUCGCUGACAAAUUUUCGAUUUCAGAAAACGUCCUCAAAGAAGGCACGAAUCUAAAGAAAUAUACGGACACGAAUCUAAAAAAAUAUUUGAAAAGACUGGAUGUUGAGGAGAUAACACAGAUGUGGACAUCAAAACUCAGCGGUAAUUGUAAAGAAACAAAUGAGAUUGUUGUCUUUCGACACAUCUUUCUUUACAUUUCUGCUUUCCAUGCCUUUUAUAGUCUGUUCCCGGAGAGGAUGAUGCGUUACUGCCACCUAGAUGCCAUACUUCAACUGGUCCGACCGGAAGGCCAAACAUCGGCCUUUACCGUAGAAGCAAACAGAGAAUUAAUUUCAAACUUCUAUCAAGAAAGAAUACAAGGAAAGGACUUUGAAGAUGAUUUAAAAGAUCAUCCUCUUACUGUGUUUUUACAAACCUAGUCUUAAGGAUUUGAUACGAACAAAAGGAUUAAAAGAAAACUUUUCUUGAUGGUGAUGAUGGCAAGAUUUUCAUUGCAUUAUCAAAAAUAAAAAAAAAACGGUAGUGAAUUUAUCAAUUGUUUAAAAGCCAUAUUUAAUCACAGUGUGAGAGAUGAAAGAUUUUUUAAAAUAGAUAUUAUUCAAAAGAGUGAGAUAUGGGAAAGAGAAAUGCAGCAAAACUCUUUAUUUCCUUUUCUUGGGGAAGAUCUUUGUGCAAAUACUUCAUGUCUGUUAUGAAAUAGAUUUUUUUUUCCUAUCCUGACAGAAACUUAAACGGUCAAAGGUGCUCCGAUUAUGUUGUAAAAUCUAUGUAAACAACUGUUUCUAAUCUCUCGAUCUAUUGUAAUGACGACUCAACUACACAGUCUAUCACACUGUUUAACAAUAAAAUGUGAAAAUAUAAACUAUUCACUAUAUAUAUUCUUAAGAUUGUCACCCGAGCUCCGAGACGAAUUUGUUAAUGUGGGCUUUGUUUUAUUUUUUACCAAAAUAUUUUGUUAUGGAGGUUCAUUACACCCACUGUUAAGAUUUCAUUACAUCACCUAGCAUAAUCUAGAUGUCAAAUACCCAAAUGGAGGUUAUGAUAUCCUAGAUAUUUUUUUUUAUGAUUUUUCAAACUUCUUUCUGAUGUAUGUGCAAUGUUUUAUUUUGAUGAUAAAUCAAAAUAAUUGCAGGAAUUUUAGUGUGAAGUGAAAGAAAUCUACUUUAGUGUCUUUUUGUACAGUUUGUGUUUUCGUUAAAAAAAAAACCAGUGAAAUUCUUGCUGACAACCAAACUAUAAGAGACAAUAAUAUUCUUCAGUCAAUUAUAAGGAGUGCUGAAGACAAUUUAAAAUGUCUGCAACUAAAGACUUUGGCGCAUCUUCUAAACAAACAAGGAAUGCAGACAAAAAUGUAUUGCGAAGGUUUCUAGUUUAAAAACAAAACCGAUUCUGUUUACAAGUACGAUUCAAAUCAUUUUUGUGCUUUGAAUUCAAGAGAUCCUAUUCUGAAAGUAGAAGAGCCUAAAAUUCAUCUUGGGACAAGACAGAGAAAUCAUAAAAAUGCCACAUGGGUUCAAUAUUGAACAUAAAAGUAACCUAUGUUAUGAAAAUAUAAGAAAUUCAGUUACAGGAAAAAGAAAAUGACCAGCGUUCUCAACGGGAAUAGUUUCUUGUAUAUUGCUCCAUAUCCCGAAGGAACCUUUUUGCCUAGGAUUGCAUAUUGUACCUGUCGCAAAUGCUUUACCAACCACUAUGGUCAAAAUAAGUCCAUCAAAUGUAAAAACUGUUGGAAAACUGGUCAUCGUGCACGCUCC